GAGGAGAAAUCCCUGUUUGAUGAGGGGAGGGAGGGAUGUGAUUGUUGGGUGUCGGAGAGCAGAGCAGAGCAGAUCGCAGUCAGAGCAAAAGUCGGACCGCCGAGCCAGGGAGCGCUCCUAAAACACGUGGGACCCGGGAGAAAAGUAAAAGUGUCAUCGGAGUAAAGUGACUUCGCACAUUGUUUUUUUUUUUGUUUUUUUUCCCCCCACCUCUUCUCCAGUCUUCCCCUCCUCCUACGCCCUGCAUUCCGCUGAGCAGCUGUGCUUUAAUGCCCCUACGCACCCGAGAAGGAGAGGACGGAGAGAAGAGUGAGGAAGAAGAGGCUGAAGAGGGGGUGAGGAGGAGGCCUGGACACCACCCGUCCCCGCUCUCUGGGACUCCGUCCACUCUCCCCUCCUGGCCCUGCAUGGACGGGGAUGGGGAGAGCCAGAUGCUGUUGCCGCGGGGCUGAGCGCCUCGCUUCCCCGUCCGUGACGCGCCGCUUCCGGCCGCUGCUGCUGCUGAUCAUCGGUCUCUGCUGCGGCGCUCGCAUAGGUCAGUGCCAAGUGGCUACCACCCAGUGUCGCAUCCAGAAGUGCACCACCGACUUUGUCUCGCUGACCUCCCACCUGACGCCCGCCGUGGAUGGCUUUCACGCUGAGUUUUGCAAGGCUCUACGCGCGUAUUCAGCCUGCACCCAGGGGACAGCUAAGGCCUGCCGGGGAAACCUGGUGUACCACUCAGCCGUGCUGGGCAUCUCGGACCUCAUGAGUCAGAGGAACUGUUCCAGAGAUGGCCCAACUCCCUCUGCGCACCCCGAGAUCCACCUUGAACCCUGCAACUACCACAGCCGCACCCAGCACACCCACACACACUCCCACAUCCACUCUCACUCCCAUGGCCAUGGCCGCUCUCGGCCCGGGUACUUGUUCUGUGGACUAUUCGGGGACCCCCACCUGAGAACAUUUAAGGACAGUUUCCAGACUUGUAAGGUGGAGGGGGCAUGGCCUCUUAUUGACAAUGACUAUCUGUCGGUGCAGGUCACUAAUGUUCCCGUGGUUAACGGCUCCAGUGCAACCGCAACCAACAAGAUCACCAUCAUCUUCAAGCCAUAUGAGGGUUGCACAGACCAGAGGGUGUACCAGGCAGUCACGGACAGCCUCCCAGCUGCCUUUGAUGACGGCACGGUGAGCAGCGGAGACCCCAUCCACACCUCCUUCGGCGCUGACGGCGCGGCCGGGAAGGUCCGGGCUCUUUGGAUCUCUGAACGCAGCCCCGGGCGCCACGUGGAGCUGCACGCUGGCUAUAUCGGCGUGACUGUAAUCAUUCGCCAGCUGGGGCGCUACCUGACGUUGGCUGUGCGGAUCCCGGAGGAGCUGGCUCAGGCCUACGAUGAUACCCAGGACCUGCAGCUCUGCCUGAACGGCUGCCCCAGCAGCGAGCGCAUCGACCAGGCGGGCCACCUCCCCCUGCCGCCUUCUCCGCCCGCGCUCGGCCUGCAGCGACAGCAGCUGCGCCGGCCAGGCUACUCCGCGCAAAUGCAGGCGUACCCCUUUGGUGCUAGACACGUUUUUGGCGUGGAAGGGGCGAAGGAGCGCUGCAGUGAGAAGCUGGAGGCCCUAGACAUCUACUUCCACUCCUGCGUGUUUGAUCUCCUCACCACUGGAGAUGCUAACUUUACAUUGGCUGCACACAGCGCCCAGAAGGACAUGGAAAACCUUCAUCCACACCGGGACAGAUGGAGGAUAUACCCCCGUGGCUCUGCAGCCUCCUUCUUCCUCUCCAACUCUCAGCUUAUCAAAAAGCUCACUCCGCUCCUGCUGUGCGCCCUGAGCGUCGUAUUCUUGUGAGAAUGGCAGUCCCUGUGUGCCUGAAUGCAUGUAGGCCCAUGUAUGUGCACUACAAGAGGAGUUAGGGAGGAUUUGUUUAGCCGAGCACUGAUACUGAGCACUGAUGCGGAGAAAAAAACAGCAGGUCGGACAGUGAUUGGGAACUGGAAGUGUUUUAACAUGAGGGGGUGGGGGGGUGCACAGGAAAGCCUGCCAGCACUAACUGCACUUCUCCUGGCAGCGUCAGAAUCAUCAAAUGCAACUGACAAUGAGAAAAAUGUUUCCAUGUGGGUGAAUCAUCUGUACAUAGUUAUUUUUUUCCCCCUUAAGUGCACAGUGUGAUAGCGUAGAGAUUUUUUUUUGUUUCUGUCAUUGCAUCAGAUUUUUUUUAAAUACCUCACACAGAGG